AAAACCCCUUGGGUUCCCUCCAGCCAGACUGUAGACCUACUGGAAACUUUAGAGACACCUGAGUGUCGCCCCACUGGCUAAACUAUCCCAUCACAAUGUUGUCACGACUGUUGAUUGUUCCUUUGAUCUUUGCUUUGGCUGGUCUUGCUAUCUCAGCCCCCGUUACUGAUGGAACCGAGGCAGACAAUGAUGAGAGAGCUGCCCCCUUGCUAGUGCACCUUAAAGGUGACAAAGAUGGCGGAGGCCUCACAGGCAGCCCGGAUGGAGUCUCCGCAGGGACCACAGAUGGGACUGAUUCCAGUAAAGAGCUAGCAGGAGGUGCAGUGGAUACCUCACCUGAUACAACAGACACCCCAGAUGCCAGUAGCAGUGAUAUAUUCCCAGACACAUACAACAGAGAUACCAGCGUGGAAACUACAGGCAAUCCUGAUGACUCUGAUGCCCCAGAUGCAGCUGAAGCAGCAGGCAGCCAAGAUACAACGGAUGCAGCUGAUGCCUCUGAGGCUGUGGCAGAGACCGUAGACACUUUUGAUAUACCAGAUACAGAUGGUGCAGAUGACAGGGAGAAGGUGUCAACAGAGGUGUCAACAGAGGAUUUGGACUCAGCAAGUGUGGAUAAGUCUCCAGAAAGUGACUCCACAGAGUCUCCAGGAAGUGACUCCACAGAGUCUCCAGGAAGUGACUCCACAGAGUCUCCAGGAAGUGACUCCACAGAGUCUCCAGGAAGUGACUCCACAGAUGAAGUGCUGACAGGCGUGCAAGCUGACUCUGCUGAUGUGACCAGUGAUGACAUGGAUGAGGCCACAGAGACGGACAAAGAUGAUGACAAGAGUGACAACAAGAGUGAUGCAGAUGCUGCCACAGACAAAGAUGACAGUGAUGAGGAUAAGGACACUGAACUAGAUGGUAAGGCCCGUGCAGAAGACACACAGACAGAGGAAGCGGCAGACAGUGACAGCAAACAAGGCGCUGCAGACUCAGACUCUGACACAGACGAUGACAGGCCAGAGAAAGACGUCAAGAACGACUCAGAUGACAGCAAGGACACCACCGAAGAAGACGACAAACCAGACAAAGAUGAUAAAAAAAACAGAGACAGCGCAGACAACAGCAAUGAUGACAGCGAUGAGGUGAUCCAGGUCCCCAGGGAGGAACCAGAGCAGCAGGAAAUGAACCUGGAGGAGGGAGGAGUGAUUGGCAGCCAGGAGGAGACUGUAGCAGCAGACAUGGAGGAGGGGAGUGAUGUGGGGGACCAGAAGCCCGGCCCUGAAGAUAGCAUCGAGGAGGGAAGCCCUGUAGGGAGGCAAGAUUUUGAGCCUCCACAGGAUUCGGAGGAGGAGGAGGCGAAGCUGGAGGCAAAGGAGGAGGAGGAGCUGGAGAAGGAGGCAAAGAAGGAGGAGGAGUUGGAGGAGGCGGAGGCAAAGAAAGAGGAGGAGGAGCUGGAGGAGGAGGAGAGGAAACUAAAAACAAUAGAGUCCGACAGUCAGGAGGACAGUAAGGAGGACAGUAAGGAUGAAAGUGAGGCUGAACCAGACUCCAACAGUAAAAAGGACAUUGGGACCAGCGAUGCCCCUGAAUCACAAGAGGAUGACAGUGAAGAGGACACUGAAGCCCAGCCAGAGGACACUGAUGAUAGCAUGAUGAAAGAGCCCAAAGAUUCUGACGAUGCUGAGUCUGACAAAGAAGAUAAGGACAAGAAUGAUAUGGACAAAGAAGAUAUGGACAAGGAUGAUAUGGACAAAGAUGAUAUGGACAAGGAUGCUUCUGACUCAGAGGAUGACCAAUCUGAAUCGGAUGCAGAGCCAGGCGCAGAUUCACACACAGCCGUUCCAGCUGACAUUCUGGACCAACAGGAUGACAUGACACAGGGCACCUCGCAGGCUGCUGAUGCUGCUGCCAGCGCCACGGCAGCCCAGUCUUAGCCCUGUGGGUUGAGCCCACAGCACGCUGUGGAUGGAAUCAGACAUUUUGACCCAUCAUGGUGAAUCUCACAGAAAACUGACAACAAGCAAUAUCAACAAAAACUUUAGUCAAAUGUUGCUCUUAAGUUCCUUAACCCUCUUUUGCCACUGAAAAUGGUGAAGGUGUGUGCAGUGUCUAUGAGGAUAAAAUUAAAUUAUUCUACUUUUUUUGGUGUACAUUACAUUUUUACCCACUUUUUGACUUUAUUGUUUUUUGGGUAGUUGGAUAUUGAAUCAUGAAGAAUGUCAACUUUGUUUUUGUUAAAGACAGUUUAUGUAGUUACACUCCUGUCGUAUCAACUAGCAUAUUCAUAAAAUGGUCACUAUGUUCUCUUACAAUGCCCUUGAGAAAACCAGAAGUCUCUUUCUUAAUUCAGUCAUUGUAGGUUUGCUAUGUUUCUGCAGGGUUCCUACUGUUUCCUCCUGCUUUCAUAUGAUGCAUUGCUGUCUCAGUCCUUGACAGAAAGCUCAAUUGGCACGUUGUCCUUCUAACUGAUCACAGCUGCUACAUUUGAAAAAUAACUCCGACUGACUCACAGCUCAACAUUUGUUUUUUAAAUUAUGAAAAACAUUAGGUCCUUUAUACAAAAUGAAGUGUACAUACGUGUUAUGACGCAACAAUGUCUUUGAUAAGGUAUACAAAACAAAUCUAGAGAAAGUACUAACAAAGUGUGAUCUACAUUGGUCGGAAAGAUUGUAAAAUAACAAUUGUAUAGACAUAAUGAGAAUGUCAUUUGAAUAUGUACACAAGGGGGGAAUCUAAUAAAGACUGAGUUGUCAGCAAGUUUUUGGGGAUAAAAA